AUGGGUCAGAUGCCACCUUGGCUUCACUGGCAGCUGUGCCGCGUGGCAGUCGUUCGCGCUCACCUCCGGGACGUUCGACUGGCAGUGCUGGAGCUCCUGCUACAGACAGUGGUCCUGACGUUGCUGCAGGCACUCCGGGAGCUACGCGCGCUGUUCAUGGCGCUAUGGCUGCUGACGUGCACCGACCUCCUGAAGGGCAUCGUGCUCCCGAAGUACACUGUUCGCCGGAAGACCGCCUUUCUGUUGAAGUUCACGGUUCCCCGGAAGAGCCACGUUCUGCUGAAGCACAUCGUUCUGCUGAAGUUCCUAGUGAACACGGUGACACUGAGGCUCCCGAAGUACGUGAUCCUGAAGCUGUUCCUCGUCCCCCUACUGCUGUCGGUGAUGUACAUGAUUCUGCCGAAGUUCAUCGUGCUCCUACUGCUGCUGAAGAUGAUCCUGGUGCUAUGGGUGGCUGUGGCGGAGGAAGCGCAGAAGAUCCUGUCCAAGCACCCCGAGCGCAUCCCGGUGAUUUGCGAGAGGUCGGCUCGCUCCACAAUGCCAGAGCUGCCGAAGAACAAGUUCGUCGUUCAUGGCUCCAUGCUCUGCGGCGAGUUCAAGUAUAUCGUUCACAAGCAAAUCGCAGAUGCAACUCCAGAGCGCCUGACCGUGGAUCAGACGAUAUACCUCUUCGUCAACGGCAUCACCCCGAAAACGAGUACCCCGAUGUCUCAGCUGUACGACCAGUUUAAAGCGUCGGACGGCUUCUUGUACAUAAGAUAUGGUGCAGAGAACACCCUGGGCUGA